AUAUUUUGUACUUUCCGAAUUUGUCAUAACCGUGAUAACAAGAUGUGUUGUGCUUAUUAUUCUACUAUUAAAAUAAAUUAUAUACAUCCUUUAACGUGAUGGCUAUUUUCGAGAAGUCGUUCCAUACCAAAUCUGCAUUCGAUGAUACAGACACACUUAUUUGUACAUUGGAAAAUGCACAAAACGUCGAUAAACAUACUGAAUACAUUUUACGUGUGCAACGAGGACCAUCUAAGGAAAACAAAUGGGAUGUUUCGCGGAGGUACAAACAUUUCUCGGAACUUCAUGCGAACUUGCAGAAGUCCAAUAUCGAGUUACCACUGCCUCCUAAAAAACUUAUUGGAAACAUGCAACCAUCAUUUAUUGCUGAGAGGCAAGCUGCUUUACAAAAUUACAUAAGGGAAGUAUUAAAGCACCAGGUAUUAGCACUCUCCUUACCAGUCAGAAGUUUCUUAGAUCCAAAAAAUUAUUCUAUCACAAUUGCAGAGCAAGCUCUUCAAACAAUAUCUAUAGCAUUGCGAGGUGAUGGCCGAUAUGAACUAAAAGGUCCACUAGCAGAUAUUGGUUGGAGGAUAAGAAAACAAUUUUUUUUGGUGACUGACACGGAUGCUAACACAAACUGUAUAUUACAAUGGAUGAGCUACGGCCCUGAUAAAUACCUCAGCGGUAAAGAUUUACAAACUGCAUUUAAGAGUUUGCAGAAUAUGUCUCAUCCAUAUAUAAAUGAAAUAUUAGGAUAUCAAAUUUUAGAAUCAGGUGCCUAUGUAGUUAGAAAAAUACAUGAGAAUGGAAGUGUGAGGGAUAUGCUGUAUGGUACUGAGUAUGGAAAGAAUUAUUUAGCAAAGUAUGGUAACCCUAAAGUAAGGAAACCUUUCACAAUGGGACAAUUAUCGCAUUACGGAUAUCAAAUACUGCAAGCGUUGAAGUUUUUACAUGAUAAAGGAUUAUCACAUGGUCACAUACACCCAGGGAACAUAACAAUAGAGAAUCAGAGAGCACUUUUGUUGGAUACAGAGAAUGUAUUAUUGGGUGUGCCGUGUCUCUACAGACCGUAUCUGUUAGAGCUGCGACACACGAGCUCGCCCGAAGCAGUCGAUGUGUACUGCUUCGGUAGAACUCUGUAUGAAAUGGCCCUCGCUACUACAUUAGAUCAAUAUUACUGUGAUAUAUACCCGGAGGAAAUGUCUGAAGAUUUAGUGUCAGUGCUCCGUGUAUGUCUUUCCUCGGCAUCGUGUAAGCAGGGCGGGGCGUCGCUGGAGGAGCUCUUGCAUCACCAGUUCUUCACGCGCGCCGCACUCAAUGGCCUCGCGCCGCGACAACACACAAAACAUCUCAAACUACCGCUACCUCUUAAAGAGGAAAUCAAGAAAGCACGCGCUUGUGCAGAACUGAGGCUCAAAGCUGAUCAGAAAUUAUUAAGGAGUGCAAAGAGAGAAGUAAGAAUACAAGAAAUAUUAAAUUCAGAAGAGGAAAUGAAGAAACAGAAGCGGAGAGUGAAGAAACGCGACAGUAUAUGGAAGUCGACGUCGUCGUUGGCGGAGACGGUGCGCUCGCAUAGCGCCAGCACCGCCUCCUCGCCCACGCCGCCCUCCGCGCCCACCCCGCCCACUGCGCCUACCCCGCCCACUGCGCCUACCCCGCCCACUGCGCCCACUGCACCCACUGCGCCUUCCGGCGAUACGAGCGGCAAUGGCUCCAUGUUGUCUCCGUGUGGAGGUCGCGGCGCGUUGCUGCAAGCUAUCUGCUCCUUUGAUAAAACGAGACUCGCUAAAAUUAACUCACAUUGACAUACAUGUCUCCCAUUUGUGAAAGACAAUAAAAAAUGUGCAUACAAGUAACGACAGUAGAUAACCAGUGUGAAAAUCUAAAAUAAUGGAGGUUGCCAGUAAGAAAACGGUAUUAAUUUGAUCUGUUUUUGUUCAUAGUGUACUAGUCUUAAUUAUUAUUUUUUAAAAGGCUAUUUUUAUGAAUGUGUAAAAAGUAACCUCAAAAUCUUUAUCCAAAAUAAAUAACUUCAAUGUGAGGUUUUAUCAGAAUUAAAUGACUUUGUUAUAUUGAUAUAUGAAGUAUGUAAAGAACAUAAUUUGUAUGUUCUUACUUAAUAUUUGGGUAUCUAAAAGUAUUAAUAUAUGUUAAAAACAG